AUGGCCCAGAAGUGCGUGCACCAGGGCUGCGGCAAGCAGUACACGGACCCGGACGAGGUCUGCAGGUACCAUCCGGGGCCGCCGGUCUUUCACGAAGGGCAGAAGGGCUGGACGUGCUGCAAGCCGCGGGUCCUGACGUUUGAGGAGUUUAUGGAGAUUACGCCCUGCACGGAGGGCAAGCACAGCACGACCGACCUGCCGCCCAAGGUCGAGAAAAAGGAGACGCCGGCCGACGUGCAAGCCGUUCCGGUUGCACCAACGACAGCCGCCCCAUCCACCGAGACGCUCGGACUGGCAGCAGCAGCCGCUGGGGCCGCCACACAGCCACCGCCGCCGCAGCCCGAGUCCGACGACGACGACCCGUCCCUCGCAAUCCCCGACGGGCGCAUGUGCCGGCGGCGCGGGUGCGGCGUGGCGUACAAGGCAGGCACGAAGCGCGGCGGCAGCGAUGCAGACCCUGAGCGCUGCGUGCACCACCCGGGCGCGCCCAUCUUCCACGAGGGCAGCAAGGGCUACAGCUGCUGCAAGCGGCGCGUGCUCGAGUUUGACCAGUUUAUGAAGAUUGAGGGCUGCCAGACGAAGCCGCGGCACCUGUUUGUGGGCAGCGGCAAGAAGGACCGGAAGGCGGCGGCCGGCGGCGACGGCAGCGAAGAGCUGCUCGACAAUGUGCGGUUCGACUUUUACCAGUCGGCCACGUCGCUGACGGUGUCCUUCUUCCUCAAGAAGAUUGACAAGACGCGGGCCGUGGUCCGCUUUACGGAGCAGGGCAUCGCGCUGGAUCUGCCGACGACGGACGCGCCGGUGCCCAAGCGGUACAAGAAGCAGGUGUCGCUGUACGGGGCCAUUGACCCGGCCAAGUCCAAGUACAGCGUGCUGGGCACGAAGCUGGAGGUGGUGCUGGCCAAGGCGGUGGUGAGCUCGUGGCCUGUGCUGCGCAGCGACGACCGGCCGACGGGCGAGAUCUUCCAGGUCGCGCGGGCCGGCAAGGUGGAGCGGUAA